ACACAUGACCCGGGUCACAUGAGCCUUGAUACUACCUCCUGGUUCAGACAGACGGGCUACACGGAUCGAGGCUAGCUGUUAGCUUCAACUGUCUACACGGCCGAGAUGAGUUUCCUAGGAGGUUUAUUUGGGCCGGUAUGUGAGAUAGACGUACUGCUGAACGAUGCAGAGAACAGAAAGACAGCCGAGUUGAAGACAGAAGAUGGCAAAGUGGAGAAACACUACCUGUUCUACGAUGGAGAGUCUGUGUCUGGCAAGGUGAAUCUAAAUGUGAAGCAGGGAGGAAAGCGACUGGAGCAUCAAGGCAUCCGCAUUGAGUUUGUUGGACAGAUAGAGCUGUUCUCUGAUAAGAGCAACACCCAUGAGUUUGUGGACUUGGUGAAAGAGUUGGCUCUACCUGGAGAACUCACCCAGAACAGGAGCUACGACUUUGAGUUCAUGCAGGUGGAGAAGCCCUAUGAGUCCUAUACCGGAGCGAAUGUCAGGCUAAGGUAUUUCCUCAGGGUGACAAUAGUUCGUCGUCUGUCUGACUUAGUGAAGGAAUACGAGCUGAUUGUCCACCAGUUAGCCACCUACCCAGAUGUCAACAACUCGAUCAAGAUGGAAGUUGGCAUAGAAGACUGCCUGCACAUUGAGUUUGAAUACAAUAAGUCAAAAUACCACCUUAAGGAUGUGAUUGUUGGGAAGAUCUACUUCCUGCUGGUCAGGAUCAAGAUCCAACACAUGGAGCUACAGCUCAUCAAGAAGGAGAUAACAGGCAUAGGUCCUAGUACUACCACAGAGACAGAGACGGUUGCAAAGUAUGAAAUCAUGGAUGGAGCUCCAGUUAAAGGAGAAUCAAUCCCCAUCAGACUGUUCCUGGCAGGAUAUGACCUGACACCCACUAUGAGGGAUGUCAACAAGAAGUUCUCUGUACGCUACUUCCUUAAUCUGGUGCUGGUAGAUGAAGAGGACAGAAGAUACUUUAAACAACAGGAGAUUGUUUUGUGGAGAAAAGCUCCAGAGAAGAUCAGGAAAAGAAACUUCCAUCAGCGCUACGAGUCACCCGAGCCCCGAACCCAGCCAGUUGAUGCAGAGCAACCAGAGAUGUGAGGGUGAUGCUAUGAACUGAAAAUACACACAGACACACACCAACUCUUCACUGCUGAACAGCCAGAGGUGUGAGGGCUGCCACACUAUCUCCCUGGACUGAGAAAUGUAUACAUGAAUACAUAUAACAUACCUUCAGACAUCCCCGUCAUCACUCCACAGCUUCAGAUGUGAGCUGUCCGGCCACUUUCACUCUCUCCCCCAGGACUGAAACACACUUGCAUACAGAUGCACAAGCAUACCAUCCAAGACGGCUGAUAGCUGAAUGUCAAGGCAAGAAUGCAAAUCAAACCGACACAAGUAAGGAACGGUGAGGCAGCCUGUUUGAUCUUGGCGUCUCUGAAAACACACAUACAUUCAUACACAAGUGAAGCCAUACAGUCUCAGUUUGCUGAAUGCGUAAUAAAACAGGAGCAAAGAGGAGACGGCUACAGACCACUAUACCAUAGCAUUUAUCCCUUUCUUCUGCAACAGGAGCUUCUUUUGUUUGCAUAUUUGGACAGCACUUAUCCUGGACUUUCUCUGGCAUCCCCCCCUCCCACACACACACACACACACACACACACACACACACACACACACACACACACACACACACUUCUAGAGUCUGGAUGGGCUAGCCAGUGAUUUGAAGUAUCUAAGACGUGGGGAUCAGCCUGAACGAAGGAAAUGAGAAGCUAAGCUAUGAGUCAACACACGUACUCUGUUUUUAUUCACAAUAAGCUAUGAUGUUGCCACUGCUCCUGUUGAUCCGUCUUGCUGGGAAAUCAAGAGUUUUCCAGUUGUUGGUAAGUAUGUUGCAACAGUCCCCAGACUGCUUCUUCCAUGCACUCUUCCAUGUCUGUUUGGUGCAACAAAUGUCCAUCUUAACACAAAUGUUAUCUUUUAUUUCAUCUUCAAAUGCGGCUGUUUUUGGUAAAAUGAAAACAUUUUCCAGUCUUGCAUCUUUCCAGUUCCAGUCCACAUUUGAUUCCGUACAAGAAAUGUGUUUGAUUCAAGAAGAGCAUUAUUAUUUCAAUGUCAUUUAUGUCAUAAAAUAAUUUAAUCCUAUAAAAUAAUUUAGCGCUGCGACUAAUGAUUAAUUGCAUUAUCGAUUAUACUGCACAUUCUCGAUUAAUUAAUUGAUUAAUCGUUUAGUCUAUAAAAUGUUAUAUAAAUUAAUGAAAUGGCUCCAUCCCACUUUCCCAGAGCCCAAGGUAACCUCUACAAAUGUCUUGUUUUGUUUGACCAGAAGUCCAAAAAUAUUAAAUUUACAAUUACAUAAUGGAGAGAAACACAGCCAAUGCUUACAUUGGAGAAGCUAGAACUGGAGAAUGUUUGUAAUUUUUACCUUAAAUUACUGAAACAUUUAAUCGACCAUCCAAAUAGUUGCAAUUAGUUUUCUGACGAUUCACAAAUCGAUUAAUCGACUAAUCAUUGCAGAUCUUAAAGCAUCAUACGUUCAAAGUUGCUGCUUGUAAAAGAUUCUUGAGCUCAAUACAACAUUUCAGUCUUUUGUUAAAUUGAAUAUGUGAUGCGGUAUUCACUUAUGAGGUCUGCUUACUACAGGAUUGCCUCCAAACUGAUUUGGCGAUUCACCCCUAGGUUUUUCUUAAGUCAAGAUGUUUCUCUGGUACAGGGCCUUUUGCUUGGUCUUUAAAGUGAUGUUUAUUUAUGACUAAUCUUGAAGAAUAGAAACCAUUUGUUGUUUGUCUUCCUUAAGAUAUUUUAAGGGUCCGUUCACCCAAAUUACAAAAAAAGAACAUAUUUUUUUUCAAGCCAGAUAUUUGGAUUAUCUGGAUCAACAGGGAGUUGGAUUGCUUUGAGCACCAAAAAUUAAAUUCCAUUGACCUCCAUUUUAUUGGGAUGGAGGGAGAAAUUGUAGAGAGAGAUGACAAAACUGAAAAUAUGAAAUAUGUUCAUUUGUAAUUUGGGUGAACUGAACCUUUAAGUUCUCUCACGUCCGUCACAUUUUCUUCGAUAUCUUAAAUUCAACGUUUAAACAAAGUUUGAAAGUUGAAGAAGUUGUCUGGCUACUUAUACCUGAAAAUGUAUGACAUUUCCACUUUCUUCUUCAUAGGUUGCAGCAUUUUUUGGAGCCGUUUGAUAUAAGUAGAAUACUAAUGUUAAAAAAUGGCUCAUGUCUGCUAUUGUAAGCACUAGAAGGGAUAACAUAUCAAUAUACUGUAAAAUCCAACAAUAUUCCACUGUGAUGCUCAGACCGGACAGUUUAAGUCCUGCUUUAAAGACACAUGCACACACACACAGUUUGGUGAUGUUACGUGUGUAGGUUGAAUUUGCCCUUAAGCUCUGAUCUGUGGCCAGUUUUGCACUUUCCCCUCUGAUGCCUAACUUACUUACAAAGGGGCAUGGAAGCUGAAACUAAACAUCACUCAAGGACAACUUCAACUCCGAGAUCUCCUGUGUCUAUAAUGGAAAUGAUACGGUCAUUUAUAUAUCACUAUUUGUUUUAAUUGGACUGACUAAGUACACUAUUUUGUUGCUUUUUGUCUCUUUCAUGGGCAAGUCAUGCUAUCAUGUUCUAUGUUUCAUUUUAUAAACCUCUGAACACUCAUCUUACAGUUAAGAUAUGUUUGUUCCUUUGCAAUCUGGUUUUCUUUUGUUUGGAAACAGUGUAAUUUAUUUGCAGGUAAUGCUUUCUGCCUGUCAGACAUAUUUUCUGUCUUUCUAAACACUGUACAGGUAGGGUUGUUUGGUGUACUUUAAAAUACCUUAAAAGGUUAUGAAGAAACACUUAAAUGCCAAAACUCUGCCCCCAUCUCAUCUACUGCAUGUUAAUCUUUACACAAUGUCUGAACAUGCCAUCGACAUGUGCGUGUGUGUAUAUGAUGUGUAUAUACACCAAACCCAAAUAUAUAGCCAAAAUGAAUCAUGAAUAAAGAAAAUUUAUACAGAA